UUUUUUUAAGGAAACAAAAAUAAAAAUUUUUUUUAAAAAAUUUUCCAUUUUAAUACUUCAUUUACUUCAAGUCCAUUACCUAAUACAUAAUUGUAAUUUUGAGAGUCUUGUUAGUAUUUUCUUUUAUUUGUUCCUGCAUAUUUUGCAAGGUUGUUGUUGUUUGUGGAAGGGACAGGCGCACCUUCUCUGGUGCGCCUCAAAGAAGCCUUGCCCGCCUUUUUCUCCUUUUUUGCUGCCAACUAAAAAAUUCGGCUCAUUGCCAGACAAGAACCCAUUCUUCCAUUUUGCUCAUUCAAAAACGGCCUUUUGUGUUAACUAAACAAUCGAAAAUGAACAACUGAAAGCUUUGAAAGACGAUAAAGAGAAAAGAAGAAUUGUUGUUGUGGCGCGAGAACGCCUUAGAAAAAAGUAUUUGAAAUAUUUUUAAAAAAUUUAAAUAAUUUAAAAGAUAUUUCCAACGUUGAUGUAAUGGUGGGAAGCUUUGGAAGUUUUGAAUUAACUUUUGGAGAUUCAACUUCAGAACAUCCUUUAUCUUUAGCUAAUAUUUUGAAAGGGGCAAUUAUUUUGGCUGUUUUUAUUCUUUUACUUUGCACGGCAUUAUCGAUUAGCCUCUCAAUAGCUGAUUUAUUAUGUUCUCUCUUGAUUGUUCCUUUUAGUUUGUAUAGUUCUGUUAGGCCGAAUUGGGCAUUUGCUGGAGAUAAUUCUUUAAUAUGCAAAUGUACUGUUUAUUUACAUUUAGUUUUAAUUACCUCAACUUUAUUCACUUUUUCUUGGAUAAGUCCUUCAAGAUACGAGGCAGUCCAUACUUUAACUCGUUGUAAAUGCUGGAUUUUAUUUUCUUGGAUAACAGCAUUAUUAUUGGCAUGUCCUGUUUUAAUAACAAAAAUGGAGGCAAAUUAUUCAUCUCAUUUAGAGUUGUGCUUGCUCAAUUGGUCUUCAUCUACUUUAGCUUAUUCAUUAACUCUCGGUAUUCUUGUUUGUUUACCUUCACUUUGUACUGUUGCCUUUACUGGUUGUGCUAUUUUUACAGCAAUGCAGAAACCUGAUGAAUUAGAGGAUAUACAAAGAAGUAUUUUAGAAACUGAUCAAAAUUUUGUUAUAACUUUAUUUAUUUUAAUAUCAUUUGUAUUAUCAUGGCUGCCUCUCAUAAUCUUUCAAUUUUUACCUUCUCAAUUAUUAGACAAUAAUGAUGCCGGUGUUAUGAAAUUUGCCUUUACUUGGUUAGCAAUUGGUGGAGGUUCUUCUAAAUUACUUAUUUAUAGUAAACAAUUUCGGCAUUCAUUAUGUUGUUGUAAAGGAUUUUUCUUUGUAUCAAGAGAACAACUCCCCCCACCACCUCUAAUGCCAACAAAAACUGUAGAAGAAAGAUUGUUAGAUAGGGAUGCUAAUUCUAUAUCUAAUAAUUUAACUACCCAACAACAACAAAAACAGCACCCAAAUAUAACAUCCCCAAUAAUUAAUGCUUAUUCAUUCCUUGCUAGUUUUGAUUAUGGAAGUUUUGGAUUAGGACCUAAUGGAGGGUUUUUGACUGAACAACAACAAAAACAAAAUACUAGUUACUUUAAUAGACAAAGAAAUUACUAA